AAUAAUAGAGUACGCCCACCACUUUUCCUUUGCGGCUUCUGGCAACAAGGAUUUGGCCUCUGGUCUCGAAGAACCUCCAUCAGCAACUCGUAACACGAAGCAAAGUAAAAAGCAAUGGAAGGCAGAGUUCUUUAUGCGAUCCUCCUCGCUGCCCUCUCUCUUGUUGUUCUCUACUUCUUCCGAACAAGACAAUCCAAAAACCUUCCCCCAUCCCCUCCUUCUCUCCCCAUCAUCGGCCACCUCCACCACUUGAAGUUGCCCCUUCACAGGACCCUCCACAGCCUCUCCACCAAGUAUGGCCCCAUCAUGAGCCUCCGGUUCGGGGUCCGCCAGUUCGUGGUCGUGUCGUCGCUGCCGCUGGCCGAGGAAUGCUUCACCAAGAACGACAUCGUGCUCGCCAAUCGCCCCAAGCUCUUCAUGACCAAACACCUUGCCUACGACUACACCACCAUCGCCACGUCACCCUAUGGCGACAGGUGGCGCAACCUCAGGAAGAUCGCUACCAUCGAGGUUCUCUCGGCGCACCGCCUCAACAUGCUCUCCCACGUACGGAGGGACGAGAUCCGGCGGCUGAUGCUCCGGCUGGCCCGGGGCGGGUUCGGGUCCCACCACCGCGUCGAGCUCAAGACUCUCUUGUCGGAGCUGACGUUCAACAUCAUGAUGAGGAUGAUGGCGGGGAAGCGGUACUACGGGGAGGGCGUGAACGUCGACGAGGCCGAGGCGAUGGAGGCGACGGAGGUCAUUAAGCAGAUCUCUAGGAAUGGCGGGAUAAGUUACGCGGGCGAUUUCCUGCCCAUUCUUAAGUUGGUCGAUUACAAUGGGCUCAAGAAGAAGGUGGGGGCGAUGAAGGUGAAGAUCGAGGCGUUCAUGCAGAGGUUGAUCGAUGAGCAUCGGAGGAAGAAGGGCGACCCGGAGCUCGCGAACAGCAUGAUCAGUCAUCUCCUGCGUCUACAAGAGUCUCAGCCGGAAGACUACUCGGACGUCAUGAUCAAAGGGCUUGUCCUCAAUUUGUUAACUGCCGGAACAGACACAUUAUCAGUAACAUUAGAGUGGACAAUGGCAAAUUUAUUAAACAACUCUGAAAAGUUAAAGAAGGCCCAAGAUGAGAUUGAUUUUGUGAUUGGCCAUGAUAGUUUGUUAGAAGAAUCGGAUGUUUCAAAACUACCUUACCUUCAAUGCAUUAUCUUGGAGACCCUUCGACUAAACACGACGGCACCACUUCUCCUCCCACACGUGUCAUCGGCUGAUUGCACUAUAGGAGGAUACUUCGUCCCACGUGACACUAUUGUGAUGGUGAAUGCAUGGGCCAUUCACAAAGAUCCUCAGUUGUGGGAGGAUCCAUUGAGCUUCAAGCCCGAAAGGUUCGAGGGCAAUGGCAGCGAAAAGCAACAAAAGCUAAUAUUGCCUUUUGGACUGGGACGGAGGGCAUGCCCUGGUGCCCCCUUGGCUCAGCAGGUCAUGGGGUGGACGUUGGGCUUGUUGAUUCAGUGUUUUGAUUGGAAAAGAGUAAGCAAAGAAGAGAUUGACAUGAUGGAGGGCCCAGGGGCAAUCAUGCCAAAAGCAGUACCUUUAGAAUUAAUGUGUAAAGUACGCCCUUCAAUGGAGAAACUCGUCCCCAAAGAUUAAGUUGGUCGAUUAGUUUGUCAUAAAAUGGUUGGUUGACAUACUUUCAUGCUAUAUCUAGUAAGAGUCCACAUCUAAUUUAUGAGUUCAACUUUUGUAUAUUUUCAUUUUCUUAAUUGUUUUGGAACUUUUUAAACUAGGGUCCUAGUGUUAUGGAUAUGUAUGGUGCAAAUGGUGACUCUAUGGAUUGUUCUUGUACAAGUUCAGUAUUACCUUUCUUGAAUAAAUGUAUUCGUUCUGAAAG